UCUCAGCUAAUAUCAGCUUCCUAGGCUCGAGCAACUUCUCACCCAUAUCUAUUUAUCAGGUAUAUAUAUAGCCCCAGUCUGUCGACCUCCUUUCGAAAUGGAACUCACUGGCUAUCAUAUUCUUCCCUCUUCCUUGAACUCCAGGAGAAAGGGAGAAGGCAUCAUAUCCUACUACAUGUACAUACGCAUACUGUUUUGCUUACUAUGACUUGGGAAUCGUAUGAGCUCAUUAUAACCAUUUUUCUUACCCUCUUCCUCCUAAUAUUUGUUUCUACUGCUGUCCUACUCAUAACCCUCGUCCUAUUUGUCCGUUACGGGUUCAGCAAAAGGGGUUGAACGCACACUAUUUUCAAGACCGUUCCAGUCUACAGCAAAUGCUUCCUUUUUCUAUUCCUACUUCGACUUCGCUGUACAAAUACUUAGGGGUUUCAUCCUUCGCUUUACACACUGCAACUUCUAAGAGCACGCCAUGGAACUAAAUGAGACUACCAUGUCUUCUAAUUUAGAAGAAUACCUCGAAAUCCCGACGAGUGUUGGCGAGCAGACACCCGGAACAGACUCGGCCUCAUCCUUGGAUCAAGCCGAAAGCCAUUGUUAUUCCUCAUCUCGGCUCUCGUUACAGAGCUCGGUUCAAUCUCAACCUCAGCCUCAGCCGUAUCCAUAUCCGCAAACACAAUCUCAUCGGGAACCUAGUUACAGCCGUCUAGUCAAGCACUUCUGCCCUGUAACCCUUGUGGUGACCGCUGGCGCCUUUUGCCGCCACUGUCGUUCUCAUCACUAUAGCUUGGAUGAAGAUCCCUCCCCUCCUGCUGCACCUCCCUCAUCCCCAGCAUUGUCACCCGUGGGAAGCGACGAGUCAUACAGCUUUCUCGAAGUAGGCACCGAGAGGCUCAGUGCGGAGGCUGACGAUCUGGAACGACGAGUUAUGCUACUCACGGAGACCAUCAAGUACUUGAAGUUGGAGCGUGAAUCCCUUCAAUUCCGUAUUUAUUAUAUCGAGCAACAUCUAAGAAUGGUACAGGAAGUUGGCCCGUACUAUAGGUCUGCAGACAAUGGUGAAUGGGAACCUCUACUCGACGAUGGUAGCUGGGAAGAUGUCGACAGUGAGACAGAGCUGGAAGCCGGAUCGAUCAUCUCCGGUCAAGACGCCAAAGAGUUAGACACGGAGAUUGUGAGGAUCGACCCAGAAUGGACCAUUCUAUAAUGCCUUCUCGGCAAAUUUGAUUGGUCGGUUGAGGAAUUAGGAGGACCAGGGCGCUUUUCAGCGGAACGACUCAAGCAUAGUAUGCCAAGGAUUACGGUAACCCGCCAA